GUCCAGGACCAGGACACCUCCGUCGUGGUGCUGUCGGCGUGCUUCUCGCUGCAGCGCUGCCGCCGGCCGACGAGUGAGUUCUUCGCGGGGCACUGUGCGGGUGCUGUCUACCCAGGUCGCUGGGCUUCGGGCUGGGCUGGCAGGGCCGGUUGGCUGGAUUGGCUGGGUCACGGCUUCAAGCCAGGUGGCGAGUUUGCGAUGGCAGGGACGGUGGCCACGCCUGCGGAGCAGGAGCGCAUCGAGCUCCUCGUCGGCGCUGGGGCCUCGCUGCAGCUCGCGGGCACCGAGAUGCUGGGCUCUGGCGUCUCCCAGACCGAGUUGCCGAAGCGGUGGCGGCGGACCCGCGACGCUCAGCCCGUCCACGGCCACGCGCGCAGGCGGUGGAUUUUGCCCGAGCUGCGCGUCCUGCAGCUGGCCUUCCGCACAGUGCGGGGUCUCGUCGAUGACUGCGACCG